AUGAAGAAACCCUCGGAGUCGAAGGAAAACCUCGUCAACUCUAACGCUUCCCUGGCUAGCGAGUACGGUCGCGCAACCGGGGAUGCGGAAGAUGACCGACGUUCGAACAAGAGUACGUAUUCGGAAUUCGAUCGGGAAAUUCCGGAAAUGAUACUCACCAAGACGGAGAAGAAAUUUCUGCUCAGCGCGGAACGGGGCGAUUGCGCAACGGUUCGGAAGAUCAUUCGUGACAACAAAGGAGAUCCGGACGAGUUCGAUAUUAACUGCGUAGAUCCUCUCCAUCGCUCUGCCCUCAUAGCAGCAAUCGAAAAUGAAAACAUCGAUCUUAUACGACUUCUCCUCACGGAAGGUAUUCGUGUUGAGGACGCCCUGCUUCAUGCCAUCAGUGAAGAGUACGUCGAAGCGGUCGAAACGUUGCUCCUCUGGGAAGAGGAUAAUCAUAUUCCCGGUCAACCUUACAGCUGGGAAGCUGUAGACCGUUCAUCAUCUUCGUUCACGGCGGAUAUUACACCGUUAAUAUUGGCAGCCCACAAAAACAACUACGAAAUCCUGAAAAUUUUGCUAGAUCGAGGAGCAACACUACCUAUGCCACAUGAUGUCCGCUGCGGAUGCGACGAGUGUGUGACGUCCAGCGAGCAGGACUCCCUACGACACUCCCAGUCGCGCAUCAAUGCCUACCGGGCGCUGUCGUCCAGUUCGCUGAUAGCGCUCAGCUCCAAGGAUCCGAUAUCGACCGCCUUCCAUCUGUCGUGGGAGCUGAAAAGGCUCAGCCGAACCGAGUCGGAGUUCCGAGCGGAGUAUACGACAAUGCGUCAGAUCGUCCAGGAAUUCGCCACCUCCCUGCUGGACCACGCGCGUACCUCCAACGAGCUGGAGAUUAUGCUGAACUACAAUGCCGGUUCAACGGACAACUGGGAACCAGGCGAGCGCCAAACUCUCGACCGGUUGAAGCUUGCGCUCAAAUUUAAGCAGAAACUGUUCGUAGCCCAUCCGAACGUGCAACAGCUGCUGGCAGCCAUUUGGUACGAAGGUCUACCGGGAUUCCGCCGAAAAUCGCCCACCGGACAGAUCAUACAGGUGGCCAAGCUGGGGGCUAUGUUUCCGGUUUACAGCAUGUUCUACAUGAUGGCACCCAACUCGGAGAUGGGCAUGUUUAUGAAGAAACCGUUCGUUAAAUUUAUCGUUCAUUCCGCUAGUUAUGCGUUUUUUCUAAUGCUGUUGGGUGGUGCGUCGCAACGUGUUGAAUAUCUAGCGAUCGAGUGGUUCGGACCGGACUGGAUGCAGGACAUUUUGAAGGAAUGGAAACGAAAGGAACGCGGCUCGCUGCCCGGUUUGUUCGAAUGCAUGGUCAUACUAUACAUAAUAAGUUUGAUAUGGCAUGAGAUCAAAUCGCUUUGGCAUGACGGAUUGAUGGAGUACAUUUCGGAUCUUUGGAACAUAGUGGAUUUUAUCUCGAACUCCUUCUACAUCGCGUGGAUUAGUUUGCGAUUCACUUCCUGGUACACUGUGUGGCGCGACGCAAAUCGAGGACUGAACCCGUGGUAUCCGCGCGAGCAGUGGGAUCCCUUCGAUCCGAUGCUGUUGUCGGAGGGAGCAUUUGCGGCUGGGAUGAUAUUCUCCUUUCUCAAGUUGGUGCACAUAUUUUCGAUUAAUCCUCAUCUGGGACCUCUGCAGGUGUCGCUCGGUCGAAUGAUAAUCGAUAUCAUUAAGUUCUUCUUCAUCUACACCUUGGUACUGUUUGCAUUCGGCUGUGGUCUGAAUCAGCUGCUCUGGUACUACGCUGUGUUGGAAAAGAACAAGUGCUACCAUCUUCCAUCGGGGCUUCCGGAUUUCGAAAACAACGAAAAGGCUUGCGCGAUUUGGCGUCGUUUUGCCAACCUGUUCGAGACCUCACAGUCUUUGUUUUGGGCUUCGUUUGGCUUGGUUGAUCUGAUGGCUUUCGAUCUGACCGGAAUUAAAAGCUUCACGCGGUUCUGGGCUCUGCUGAUGUUUGGCUCGUACAGUGUGAUUAACAUCAUCGUGCUGCUGAACAUGCUUAUCGCUAUGAUGAGCAACAGUUAUCAGAUUAUUUCGGAACGCUCCGACAGUGAGUGGAAAUUUGCUCGCUCCCGGCUGUGGAUGAGUUACUUCGAGGAUGGUGACACACUUCCUCCGCCCUUCAAUCUCGUACCUUCCAUAAAAAAUUUCGACAAACUUUGCAAAUGCAAUAAGGAUAAACGUUCGACAACAAGUAUUAUGAAGAGAAACAGAGAAAAGGCACAGCGACGGCAUGAAAAUGUUAUGAAGCUACUAGUGCGAAGAUAUGUAACCGCUGAGCAGCGGAAACGAGACGAUUUCGGCAUCACGGAAGAUGACGUUAUGGAAAUUCGUCAGGAUAUCAGUACGCUGCGAUACGAGCUGAUUGACAUUUUCGCCCAGAACGGAAUGCGAACUCCCAACAUCAAACCGACCGAUGGAGGAGCCAUCGCCGGCAAAAAGGGACGCGUGAUGGAACGGCGUAUUCUCAAGGACUUCCAAAUUGGCUUCGUAGAAGGCAUCCUGAACGAGACCUAUCGGAAUGCCAAGGACAAACCAGCUGCAGACGUGUUUAGCACCAUCGCCAAAGCGAUCGGAGGUCGUUCCAGUGCCAAAAAGAAACCAGAGGAUUGGAAUGCACUGGUACGCAAAAAUACCGUGGUUGGUGACCCGAUUGGUAACUCUACCGAACUAACCAUGCGCCGCAGUCGACAGAGUCUGCGUAAACAGAUCGUGGAGGAAUCCCAAGGGCUCGACAUGAAUACGGAAAAUUUGGUUGCGUACAAUCCCAAACUGUCGGAAGUGACCCCGGUGACGCGUGUCGCUUACGUCAAAUUCAUGAACAAGAAACUGAAGAAGGAUGUAAGCGAAAGCCCUCCGGAUGAGAUCGGUAUUGAGAACGAGCGCGAACCUAAAGAAUCGGUGAAAAAGAGUUCGCUUAAGAAACUAGUUGACAUGAAAGAGAAACUCAACGUAAAAGAUGAAGCAAAACAAAACGCAUCGCAGUCUCCACAAAAACCACCGGUGCCGGAGCAGCCGACCACUCCGGAGAAGUCCAACAGCGCACGGAUCGAUCUCAGCAAGGUACGCGUCCGUUCACCCAUCACCGAGGAUCCCAACGAAGAAGUAACCAGCCUGGAUAGCGAACGGUGCCUCUCCCCGAAACCUGCCGAUGGUGAUAUUCCAGAUCGUCCCAGUUCACCCAUCCCAACCGGCAGCCCACCGCUGGAUAAGAAAACCGAUGCCGGCAAACCGAGCCCGGCUGAAGUCAGUUCGGCGGGAUCGAUCAAGCUUAAGGAAACCACCCCACCGUCGCGAGAAACUACCCCACCGAAAGCAGCCGCGACCGCAACGGACGACAAAGACACUCUUUCGCCAACCACGUCAAUUAAAUCGCCACCCACGCGGUCGAGCUCCCCGUCGCCGAGCUCGAGUGGUUCUUCGAAACGCCCGGAACCACCCUCGCUGUCCGUCACUCCAACCACGCCGGUUCGGUCCCCUUCGCCGGCUAUAUCCGACAGGGGAAAGUCAAAAAUUACCGGCAAAACAAUCAGUGGUUGGAUGUAA